CAGAGUAUCUGUCAGGCAAGAGCUGCCGUGAUGGUUUAUGAUGAUGCCAAUAAGAAGUGGGUGCCAGCUGGUGGCUCAACUGGGUUCAGCAGAGUUCAUAUAUAUCACCAUACAGGCAACAACACAUUCAGAGUGGUGGGCAGGAAGAUUCAGGACCAUCAGGUCGUGAUAAAUUGUGCCAUUCCUAAAGGGUUGAAGUACAAUCAAGCUACACAGACCUUCCACCAGUGGCGAGAUGCUAGACAGGUGUAUGGUCUCAACUUUGGCAGCAAAGAGGAUGCCAAUGUCUUCGCAAGUGCCAUGAUGCAUGCCUUAGAAGUGUUAAAUUCACAGGAAACAGCCCAGAGCAAGGUUACUGCUACCCAGGACAGCACUAAUUUGCGAUGUAUUUUCUGUGGGCCAACAUUGCCUAGACAAAAUUCACAACUACCUGUCCAAGUUCAAAAUGGCCCAUCCCAAGAAGAAUUGGAAAUUCAAAGAAGACAACUACAAGAACAGCAACGACAGAAGGAGCUGGAGCGGGAAAGACUGGAGAGAGAAAGAAUGGAAAGGGAAAGGCUGGAGAGAGAGAGGUUAGAAAGGGAAAGGCUGGAGCGAGAGCGACUGGAGCAAGAGCAGCUGGAGAGAGAGAGACAGGAACGAGAACGUGAACGGCAGGAACGGCAGGAACGGCAGGAACGCCUGGAGCGGGAGAGGCAUGAAAGACAAGAACGGGAGAGGCUGGAGAGAUUGGAACGGGAGAGGCAAGACAGGGAGCGACAAGAACAGUUAGAAAGGGAACAGUUGGAAUGGGAGAGAGAGCGCAGAAUAUCAAAUGCUGCUGCCCCUGCCUCUGUUGAGACUCCUCUAAACUCUGUGCUGGGAGACUCUUCUGCUUCUGAGCCAGGCUUGCAGGCAGCCUCUCAGCCGGCCGAGACUCCAGCCCAACAGGGCAUUGUCUUGGGACCACCUGCACCUCCACCCCCUCCACCCCUCCCACCGGGUCCCGCCCAGACUUCCGCAGCACUCAUGGAGGAUACCUCUUUCCCAAGUGGAGGGAAUGCCAUUGGUGUGAACUCGGCCUCAUCUAAAACAGAUACGGGUCGUGGAAAUGGACCCCUUCCUUUAGGGGGUAGUGGCUUGAUGGAAGAAAUGAGUGCCCUGCUGGCCAGGAGGAGAAGAAUUGCUGAAAAGGGAUCAACAAUAGAAACAGAACAAAAAGAGGACAAAAGUGAAGAUUCAGAGCCUGUAACUUCUAAGGCCUCUUCAAUAAGUACACCUGAACCAACAAGAAAACCUUGGGAAAGAACAAACACAAUGAAUGGCAGCAAGUCACCUGUUAUCUCCAGACGGGAUUCUCCAAGGAAAAAUCAGAUUGUUUUUGACAACAGGUCCUAUGAUUCAUUACACAGACCAAAAUCCACACCCUUAUCACAGCCCAGUGCCAAUGGAGUCCAGACAGAGGGACUCGACUAUGACAGACUGAAACAGNNNAUUUUAGAUGAAAUGAGAAAAGAAUUAACAAAGCUAAAAGAAGAGCUCAUUGAUGCAAUCAGGCAGGAACUGAGCAAGUCAAAUACUGCAUAGAGAAGCAAACUAAGGAGAGAUAGGACUUUAAUCUGGAGAAAAAAAAAUUCCGACAAACAACAUCUAUUAACAACAGCAAACCCCUACAUUUUAUGAGCUGUCAGAAGAAGAUGGAGACAGUCAGAAGGAGGGAAAAACCGACAUACUCUGAAAGCCUUCAGAUAUCAUGACUCUGGCGAUAAGCUAUUUCCCCCUCAGUUUGCUGCUUUUUUCUGAUCUUUACAACAGAAUGGAAGAGUGUCAUGUAAAAGUUCCUGUAACAGUUAUGCAGAAAAUACUAAACUCAUCGGGCAGGAUCACCGUGCAUUGAGAUAUUUUCAUGUCAAGAUGAAAUUGCACAUUUUCCACAAUACAUUGCUAAAAUAAAGAGGAGAAAGGCUUAAGAAGUUUUUUUCAGAGAGUACUCAUGAAGAAUUUAGCAAGUUAUGCUAUUGUAUUGUAAAUGUUUCUCUCAGGUUUGUCUUCCUAUCAUAUUUGAUAUUCCAUGAAUAAUUGAGAUCAGCCCUAUGUAGGUUAAGAUCAUAAAAUGUGGAACAAGUGGAAUCGUAAGUGCUUUCAGAGGUUGAUAUUUAUAAGGAAGUGUCCUAAAAUGAUUUGUCCAGCUUGAGGAAUUUUAGAAUGAUAGGAAGUCUCUUGAAUUAGCCUUCAUGCAAUUUUGUAGAUUAAAACAUAAAAUUCAUCCAGAA